AUGGGCAAGUCCAUCGAGCGCAGCAUCGCCGCUGAGCAAGAGUUCUCCAAGCUGGAGCUGCUGUUGCACCAGACGGCAAACGACGCGACCAAGUGCCUCAAGGUCCUGAAGAGGAAUCUCGCCGAGUACGACAAGCGCCACGGACUCCGCUUCCGCAACACUUCACGGUCUUUCAUGAGGAGCGACAUUCGAGUCGCGAAGGACUUGGCCUCGGACUUGCGGCACGUGGCGACGCGGAUCCGCAAGAGCAAGCGCCCAACCGAAUCGGAGGUCAACGCUGCGCGCAUCAGUAUGAACGAGACUGCGGAGGCCAUGAACGACCUGAAAAAGGCUGGGCGCGUCUACGACCAGAACAACGGACUGUCGGGAGGAACUUCGGGUAUCCUGGGCAACGUGCUCGGUGACAAGGACGACAAAGAGAAGGGGAACAAAGGUGGGCUCUUCAGCAACAACGACAAGGUCAAGGACCCCGACAAGUCCAAGGGAGGGUUGUUUGGCUCUGGCGGCAAAAAGAUGGAGCCCCGUUCCAGUGGAGGCAUCCUCAAGUCUGCUGACACGGUGGAGGCCGUGGUGCGGGUGACUUUGCGUGACAGCUUCAGCGGAUUCAACGCCCUCGAGAACCAAAUCUCGGCGACAGAGAAGGCGUUGUCGCCUUCACUGGCAGAACGGGCCAAGGAGGCAGUGGCAGGUGUGGCGAACAAACUCGUAGGAGACUCGAGCUCCAGCCCAACACGGGAAAACAAGAAGAGCGUGAGCUUGUGA